UCACCGAACAGCUCGGACACGAGAAUUCGGACGCGCGUUCCAGCACGUCGGCGUCCGUUUUGCAGGCCCUUGGAACUCUUCCGACCCUCCGGCCGAAAACCAGCCUCCGGUGGGGAGCGCUGAGCGCGGAAGUGGGAGGAGAGGAACCCGUCACGCGUAUUCAUUGGUGGCCUCUCAGUAUAGAGCCCGCCCCCCAGUCCUUGUCGCGGCCCCUUUGACGACCCACUUCCAGCAAAAAGCGGAAGAGGCGGGCAGGUGGAGGAGGGGUUAAGAUGGCGGCGCCUUUGAGGAUUCAGAGCGACUGGGCUCAAGCCCUCAGGAAGGAUGAAGGGGAAGCCUGGCUGAGUUGUCACCCUCCAGGGAAACCAACUUUGUAUGGCAGCCUAACUUGUCAAGGAAUUGGCCAGGAUGGCAUCCCAGAAGUUACAGCUUCAGAAGGAUUUAUUGUGAAUGAGAUAAACAAGAAAAGCAUUCAUAUUUCUUGUCCAAAGGAAAAUGCAUCCUCAAAGUUUUUGGCCCCAUACACUACUUUUUCCAGAAUUCAUUCAAAGAGUAUAACAUGCCUGGACAUUUCCAGUGGAGGCGGCCUUGGUGUGUCUUCUAGUACUGAUGGAAGCAUGAAGAUCUGGCAGGCUUCCAGUGGCGAGCUCAGAAGAGUAUUGGAAGGACAUGUGUUUGAUGUGAAUUGUUGCAGGUUUUUCCCAUCAGGCCUUGUGGUUCUGAGUGGGGGAAUGGAUGCCCAGCUGAAGAUCUGGUCAGCUGAAGAUGCUAGCUGUGUGGUGACAUUCAAAGGUCACAAAGGAGGUAUGAAGGAUGAUUUCUCCAAAAGUAUGUUAAUCACUAACAAGAAUUCAGUAAACAGCUAUCAGGAUCUGUGCUUUCUGGCCCUGCCAGCUGAUCAGCCUAGCCCAUUGUUGACAUGGUUUAUCUGUCAUGCAGGUGAACGGGAGGUUGGAACAGAGUCGAAAAUGCUGCUAUUGGCACGGGAAGAUAAGAAACUUCAGUGCUUGGGACUGCAGAGCAGGCAGCCGGUGUUCCUCUUUGUUGGCUCAGAUGCCUUCAACUGCUGCACUUUUCUCUCUGGCUUCUUGCUGUUGGCUGGGACACAGGAUGGAAACAUUUAUCAGCUGGACGUGAGGAGUCCAAGGGCUCCAGUACAAGUCAUCCACAGAUCAGGAGCACCAGUUCUGUCCCUCCUGAGUUUCAGAGAUGGAUUUAUUGCUAGCCACGGUGAUGGAAGCUGUUUCAUUGUCCAGCAAGACCUAGACUAUCUCAUUGAGCUCACUGGGGCCGACUGUGACCCUGUGUUCAAGGUUGCCACAUGGGAGAAGCAGAUCUACACAUGCUGUCGAGAUGGUCUUGUGCGACGCUAUCAGCUCUCUGAUCUCUGACUCCUUGGAAAAGGAUUCCCAGUUAAUGAAAAAAUUGGCCCUAAUCGACAAAGAGCAAAAUAAUCAUCAGUCCUUCUCAAGGACCAUGGCCCCUUAUUGUUUGGGGCACCCUUUGGAAGUCACAGAAAAUCAGCUGCAUUGGCCCAUGUGGAAGUAUCAUUCCUUGACAAGCCCUACUGUAAACUGAAGAAGAAGCUCACACAUGCUCCCUAUAUACCCUCACCCUAACAGCAGGGCAAGGAUAUGGAUGCUUACAGUUUGAUUUCACACCAUUGUGUUAAGUGUUUACAAGGAUCAGAGGACUAAAGCUUGUUCUCUGAAGGAAAUAAAGAGAAUGUAUUUGGAGUCUGAA